ACAACAGCGACCACCGGCAUGGCGGCGAGGGGACCGGCGGCCAUCAGGCCCGCGUUGGUGGGGUACAGCAGCUCGGAGGACGAGGAGGAGGAAGAGGGGCGCCGAGGCGCCGGCGAGCAGAGCAGCGCCUGCCGACCUCGCCUGCCCGUACCCGCCGACCUGCCGGGCGAUCCGGAGCCUGAGGAGACCUUUCGCGACGAUAGCUCCCGGCACGGCGGACGCGUCCGUGGCUUCCCCCACGAGCGGGGCAACUGGGCCACACUUGUCUACCUGCCCUUCACGGUCCAGGAGGAAUUCCUGGAGCUGUUGGAGCUCCUGCUCUCCCGCGCUCGCACCUACGUCUCCUCGCUGGCUGCCAUGGAGGAGUUUCACCUCAGCCUCUCGCAGUGCGUGGUGCUGCGCUACCACUGGAUCCAGCCCUUCGUCCGCUCCCUCAGGGAGCACCUUGCCUCCUUUCACAGGUUCUUCUCUGUGGCUGAUCAAGUGAAGGUUUACACCAACCAGAACAAAACCAGGACUUUUAUUGGCUUGGAGGUCUCCACUGGGCAUUUCCAGCUGCUGGAGUUGGUCUCAGAGGUGGACAGAGUUCUGGAGGAAUUUGACCUUCCCACAUUCUACAAGGACCCAUCAUUCCAUAUCAGCUUGGCCUGGUGCAUCGGGGACCUGUCUGGCAGGCUGGAAGGGCAGUGUCUGCAGGAGCUGCAGGACAUCGUGGACAGAUUUGAGGACUCAGCGCACUUGCUGCGUGUCCACUGGGAGCAAAUCCGCUGCAAGUCAGGGAACAAGUACUUCUCCUUCCCCCUGAGGUAGGGGCCCGUGAAGCUCUAAAACCUCAAAGACCCCCAAGUUCAACCAAGGACUGUUCUUCAGUGCAGCUCUGAGCGCUGUGGGCUGUUAAGCGCACCCCGUGCUCUUCUUCCUUGCUCAGAAUCUGUGGGGUGUUUGUUAAGUCAGACUACUUCCAAGUUUGAGUUGGUGGCUGAAGAAAUGAGUGUUUGUAGCAGAUUUUGUUCUUGCUUCUGUAUGUGCUGCAGUCAGCACUGGUGGUUCAGUCCAUCCCACGGUCACUGAUUUUGAUGAUUUUUUUUUUUUUAAAGAAAAAUAAAUCUUUUAUAGCCAUGGAUGCCUUAUGAGAUGAAAGAAGAAUGUAGCAUGGAAAGCUGUUGCUAAAGUGAGAGUGUCUCCCACGGCUGAAAACAGAACUUCCUGGUUGUCAGGAGGCUCUGAGCAUGCCAUGAGUAGCAAGAGGCAAGAACGUGGGGCUGAAGUCUGUCGCCAGAGUGUCUCCAAGUCAGACCAGGUCCUGGAUCCUGUUCUCUGUCCCACUGACACUGCUGCUGCCUCUAUAGAGAAAUGUCAGUUUUUGAUCCUUUUGGCAUAUAGCAAAUGAUGAAAU